AUGGACAACCUGAAAAAACUUGGCCAGACCCACAUCACGGCGGGCGCUGUCAAGACCCGAUUAGCCGGACUGGAAAAAUGCUGGUCGACCUUCAAGGCUCAGCAUGCCUUGCUCCGAUCACAGUACCGAGACACUAUUGCUGGACUAUAUAAAGAAGGAUAUUUCAUCGCUGUGGUAGAGGAGGCUUACCACGUUAACAAAGACAUCUUCCUGGAUUACGUGCGGUUUAGCAAUCCAGUGGCCGUGACCGUCUCGGAGUCCAGCGAUUCUCCUCCUCGCCGUACCACCUUGCCACGAAUCCAGCUACCUCAAUUCUCUGGCAAGACCACUUCGAGAAUAAGAGUGCGCACUUAUCUGUCGCAAUUCACCGCUCUUCAGCGUCUAAAGGGUGAGUCCGCUCCGGAGUCGCGCAAACUAUAUCACAGCGUGAGGAGCACCGUCGGGGCUCUCGAAAGCAUCGGCCGGCCGAUUACACGCGGGGAAGACCUCUUCGUCCACCUAACUGUCGAGCUCCUCGACUCGCGGUCGCGUCGAGAUUGGGAGCAUGCCGUCGGCUCCAGCGCGGAGCCUCCGACUUAUACCGAGCUGCUGGAGUUCCUGAAGCGCCGCAUGCACACCCUGGAGUCUUUACAGCCCGCCAAGGUCGAAGCGAAGCCCUCGACACCGGGUACUUCCUCCUCCAAGCAGACGCGCGCGCUGCACGCGCGUAAACAAGACGGCAAUCGAGGGCGCUGCUCGCUCUGCCAUUCGGAUCACUACAUCCUGCGGUGCGAUGCUUACCAGGCGAAAACAGCCGAGGAGCGGAAGAAGCACGUGGAGGCAGCGAACUUGUGCCUCAAUUGCCUGGGACGCCAUCCAGUAGACGACUACUCAUCGCAGAAGAGAUGCACAGCGUGUCGGGUCCCGCACCACACAACGCUGCACGACGCGUGUCGGAUGAGUGAGGUCGUGACCUCACACAUCGCUCAGAAGCCUCCGGAGGCUCCUCUCGCCGUGCUCCUGGCUACUGCUAGAGUCGCCGAUCGGUUUGACAUACUGCACUCCGCUCGUGCACUCAUCGAUCAGGGCUCGGAAUCGUCACUCAUCGCGGAGUCCCUGGCUCAACGCCUGCGACUGCCGCGGUCUUCAGCCUCCGUGUCCAUCUUCGGCGUCGGGGGGGUUCAGACUGGCCACUCGAGAGGCCUGGUCACUGUGUCCAUCUCUCCACCCGGGGAAGUGGUAUCCGAGUCGACCAGCGAUCCUGGAGUCACCUCAGUGGGUUGGAGCUCGCCGACCCUGACUAUCUUGCCUUGGAUCCAGGAGCUCCUGCUAGGAGCGGACGUACACGGGCAGAUCAUUCAGGAAGGCCUGCGGAAGGGAGGAACUCAAGAGCCGGUCGCCCAGAAGACUACCCUAGGUUGGAUAAUUUCUGGGGCCGUCGGGGCAACUACCACCCCGAACAACGCGUCUGCUCACUUGUGCCACACUGAGGAGGAACUCACCGCACUCGUUCGCAGAUUUUGGCAACAGGAAGAGUUAUCGGAGACUACACCUCCGCUCUCGUACGAAGACCAGCAGUGCGACGACUUCUUCCGCGCCACGCAUCGUCGCACGCCCGAAGGCCGGUACAUCGUGCGCUUGCCGAUCCAGGAAUCGCUUCCGGACUUCUCGUCCACACGCCCUUCCGCACUGCGUGUGCUUCGAAGCAUGGAGUGGAGAUUCCACCGAGAUGAAGAUUUUCAGCAUCUUUACUCAGACUUCAUGAGUCAAUACGAGAGCUUGAACCACAUGGCCCCGGUGAGCCGCCCACAUGCUAGCAGGGAACCUGUCAGCUAUCUCCCUCAUCAUGGAAUUCUCCGGGAGGCAAGUUCGACAACCAAGCUCCGGGUCGUGUUCAACGGGUCGAUCGCCACCCCCGCUGGUCACACGCUAAACCAGUACUUGAUGAUGGGCCCUAACCUCCUACCGCCAUUGGCCGACGUCUUGCUGCGCUGGCGGCGACAUCGCAUCGUGCUGGCUGCCGACGUGGAAAAAAUGUACCGGCAAAUAUUGGUUCACGAGGACGACCGCGACUUACAACGAAUUGUCUGGCGCUACCAGGAGAGAAACGAAGUCACCGACUACCAGCUACAAACGGUCACUUACAGGCUAGCCUGUGCCCCCUUCCUGGUCAUGCGGACCCUCCGACAGCUAGCGGACGAUGAGGGCGAAAGGCAUCCUCGCGGAGCUGAAGUUCUUCGCCAUGACAUCUGCAUGGACGACAUUCUCACGGGAGCACUCUCGAAAAAGCCCAGCUGCUUCAGCAGGAACUGGUCAAUAUCUGCGGGGCAGGCGGCUUCCUCCUUCGCAAGUGGUCAGCUAACCACCCCGAGCUGCUAG